GUGAGGCGUGUCAGCCCCAUCGGGUGUUUCGAUUAUUUAAUAUUUGUUUGCUUAUUUUUCUGAAUCUUAUAUAAAAGAACAAAAUUUCCCUUUUGUUUUCCAGCCCCAUCUCACCCCCAUCCACUCUUCUCAUCGUUGCUACUGGAUCGAGAUGUUGCCUGCAUUAAACCCCCCUAGGCUGGGAAACCGGGCGUGGUGGAAGGAGGCUUCGGUGUAUCAGAUAUACCCGGCCUCGUUCAAAGACUCGAAUGGUGAUGGCAUUGGGGAUAUUCCGGGGAUUACCUCUGAGCUUGACUACCUCAAGAGCCUCGGUGUCGACUUAGUCUGGCUUUCGCCGAUUCUCCAAUCUCCCCAGGUUGACAUGGGCUAUGAUAUUUCGGAUUACAGGAAUAUCCAUGCGCCGUAUGGCACGAUGGACGAUCACGAUAAUCUCAUUAAGGGGCUCCAUAGUCGCGGCAUGAAGUAUGUUAUGGACUUGGUUGUGAACCACACUUCUGAUCAGCACGAAUGGUUCAAAGAGUCGAGGUCCUCGAAAGACAACAAAUAUCGAGACUGGUAUAUCUGGAAAGACCCAAAGAUUGGUGCAGAUGGCCGCCCUCAACCCCCCAACAAUUGGGCGUCAUACUUCGGAGGCUCUGCAUGGAAACUUGACGAGCAGACUAACCAGUACUACCUCCAUCUCUUCGCCACCGAGCAGCCCGAUCUGAAUUGGGAGAAUCCUGACGUCCGCGACGCCGUCCAUUCUCUCAUUCGCUUCUGGCUCGACAAAGGCGUCGACGGCUUCCGCAUGGAUGUCAUAAACUUUAUCAGCAAAGUCCCUGGAUUCCCUGAUGCCCCAAUCCAAGACCCUACACAGGAAUUCCAGUCGGGUAAUGAGUUCUAUGCCUGUGGACCGCGCCUGCACGAGUUCCUAAAAGACAUCGGUGCGAUCUUGAAAGAGUACGAUGCCUUUUCCGUGGGAGAGAUGCCGGGUGUCACCGAUCCAGAGGAGAUCCUAAAGAGCGUGGCCUUCGAUCGAGGAGAACUGAACAUGAUAUUCCACUUUGAGAUCGUGGACCUCGACCACGGCCCCGGUGGCAAAUUUACCCCACGCAAAUGGCGCAUGUCCGACCUGAAAUCGGUCGUCGAAAAAUGGCAACAUGUCAUGAUUUACAACGGCGGUUGGAACGCACUCUACCUUGAGAACCACGACCAAGGCCGCGUUAUCUCGCGCUUUGCCUCCGACAACCCCGAGUGGCGCGCCCUGAGCGGCAAGAUGCUGGCUACCUUCCUAGCCCUACAGAGCGGUACAGUGUUCGUGUAUCAGGGCCAAGAGCUUGCUAUGAAGAAUGUACCCGCGGAGUGGACUAUCGACGACUUCCGCGAUAUUGAGACGCUGAAUCACUGGCACGAGCUACUCGCCGCGUAUCCCGACGACAAAGAGAGGCAAGCUGUGGCGAUGCAGGAGUACAGGAUUAAAUCGAGAGAUAACGCGAGGACACCUAUGCAGUGGAAUAAAUCAGCGCAUGCUGGGUUUACGACGGGAGAGAAACCGUGGAUUAACGUGCAUGGGGAUUAUGAGACGUGGAAUGCUGAGGCACAGGUCAACCAGCCGGAUAGUGUGUAUCACUACUGGGCAAAGCUGCUUAAGCUGCGGCUUAAACUCAAGGAUGUCAUCGUAUAUGGUGACUUUAUUCCCGUGGGGACGGCGCAUAAUGAUGUGUUCGCGUACAUGCGGUCAACGCCUGGCAGUGAGGGGGCGGCACUUGUUGUGGCGAAUUUCAGGGCGGAGGCGGUGAGCUGGAAGGUCCCCACUGAAGUUGAGCCGUUUGCCAGCGAGGGACAAAAGAUAAUUGGGAAUUAUGAGACUGGGCCGACUAUUUCCGGUGGUGAUACAAUAGAGCUAAGGCCGUUCGAGGCUGUUGUCUACUGGACUACUUGACUGUGUGGGAAAGGGAGAACAGAAUAGGGGCGAGUUAAAAUCUUUGAUAUAAAGCUGCCCGAAGAACUUAAUCUGAUAAUAGCAGCA